AGGCACUUUUUUUCUGGUUUCCCUCUCAUUCUUUCCUUCGACCAUGGAGUAAAACUAAAGAAAAUAAAAAAAAGAUGCCACCAAUAAAUCCCAACAACAACGCAAUCUACGAUGGAGGAGCAGCCCUAGACACGACAUUUACCAUUAACGAAUCAGACUCGGAUUCCUUGUUCAGUACAGGUUCACAUCAUUUUGGACAAGAUGACGACGAUGAAGAAGAAGCCAAUCAGACACUUUUAACGCAGCAUGCCAAUCGGUCGUCGACAUCGGUCUUUUCUUUUGAAACUAUACCCAUGAUUCCACUGUCUCAGACUCAGGCAAGAGGCCCAGAGUUACAAAAGAAAGUUUCGUUCUGGAACGGUUUAGGCUUAGUGGUCGGUAUGAUGAUUGGCAGUGGAUUAUUUAGUUCUCCAGGACCUGUGUUGGAAUCAUCAGGGGCAUAUGGUACUGCUUUAGUCGUAUGGCUCUUGUCAGGUCUAUUAGCUCUAUCAGGCGCUUUAUGUUAUGCUGAAUUAGGGACUAUGUUACCUAUGAAUGGUGGCGAGGCUGUCUAUCUAGGUAGAGCUUUCGGUAGUCUAGUAUCAUUUAUAUUUGAAUUUGUCACCAUUGUCGUUCAAAAGCCUGGCAGUUUAGCAAUUAUAUGUAUAGUCUUUGGUGACUAUGUCUCACGAAUCGCAUAUCAUACCUAUUUUUUCAACGUGCCUCAUAAUUCGGAUGCUUCGGUAGAAUUAGCAGAUUCUGUUAUUCCCAAAUUUCUGCCAAAAUUAUUGGCUGUAAUUUGUUUGUUUAUAUUGACAUUAAUUAAUGCAUUGUCCGUCAGAGCUGGUAUCCGUGUGCAGGAUGUCUUGACUGUUGUUAAAGUAUUAACUGCCAUUGUGAUUUCCGUUGUUGGUGUCGUUGUUUUGUCCAAUAAGGGCCUGGUCGUCGGCGAUAGUUUCCAAGGCGAGCCAUUCGCCGGCUUUAGUUCGAUAAGUUUUGGACAGUUUGCUGUGGCUUUUUAUUCAGGCCUAUGGGCUUAUGAUGGCUGGAAUAACUUGAAUUACGUGUCGGGUGAAAUGAACGAUCCCCAUCGUGAUUUACCACGCGUUAUCAUCUUUGGUAUCCCUCUAGUCAUCUUAUGUUACAUGUUGUCCAAUGUGGCUUACCUGGCUGCCCUUCGCCCUGAAGUAGUCAUGCAUACAAACACCAUUUCAAUGGACUUUGGAAAAAAGAUAUUUGGUCCUGUGGGUGGAAUUAUUUUUGCUGUUUGUGUAGCACUCAGUUGUUUUGGUUCAGCUAAUGCAAGUGUGUUUACAGGAGCUCGUAUCAUCUAUGUAUCAGCAAAACAGGGACAUAUUCCCAGCUUCUUUGGGAAACUUGAUCAAUCACGCCAAACUCCUAUUUUGGCACUGAUAUUACAAGCCAGUCUCACCACCAUCAUGAUCAUGAUUGGCAGUUUCAGGAUGCUUGUGAAUUUCUAUUCACUAUGUGCUUGGAUAUUUUACUUUUUAGCGGUGCUUGCUCUUAUUAUUUUUAGAUAUACCGAACCUGAUCUAAAGAGGCCUUACCGUGUUUGGUUAUCCACACCAAUUCUGUUCUGCAUGGUGGCCUUAUUUUUAUGCACGACCCCUUUUAUCGAAGCCCCCGUCGAAAGCUUGAUUGCUUUAAGUUUUGUAUUAAUCGCAAUUCCUUUUUGGUUUGGUUACGUCAAGUAUAGAGACGCUCUUUCUAAAGCAUGGGAUCAUGUGACAAAUCGGUUUAGGAAGAGACAAGGUUACCAGGGAAUGGAAAUGACCGAAACAGACUAGAAAAUAUUUAUAUACAUCAUAUUUAUAUUAGACGCUUUUACAACAAUAAUAAUAUUUACCCCCCCCCCCUUUUCAUGUAUAAUCUGUGUCAACCAAGAAUUAUAAUAUGAAAAAUAAAGCUCGGUGUAAAUUCUGAGCUUAUCACAUAAACAAUGCGAAUAUCUCUAUAUCGAAAGUAAUAUAUGUAGCAAAAUAACUUUCAUAGUAGACUUUUUUUUUAUAAUUAAAAC